AUGAUUGGUUUAAAUAAAUUGGCCCUCUGGGUAAUGACGGGUGUGCUGGGCAUCACCACUGUCUUUUUUAAUUCCUAUAUCUCUCUGAUGAGUGUCUUGAACUACAAGGAGAAAAAGCAGUGGACGCCUUGUGAAACUAUCACCAUGGCUCUGUCGGUAGCCAGUAUUGCUCACCAGAUGACUUGCUACUUCUGGAUGACCAUGGAUGAGGUGGACAGUGACUGCCAGAUUGCCCAGAUAGGCUACGCUAUCCUGCUGGUGCUUACCUUCAGCUUCAAGUUCACCAUCAUGUGGAACAGCAGCUUUCUCACUUUCUACUACAGCACCAAGCUGGUUCACGAACCCAACCACUGCUACACACACGCUCAAGAUGUCAUCGUCAAGCACGUGACCGUAGCUGUGAUUCUCAUCCCUCUGUUUGGUUUUGGCACCUGUUUGCCAAUGCUCGUGUUGUUUAACGCUGGCAACGCAGCUAGCAGCGCUGCUGGAAACGCAGUUGGCAACAUCACCUACAAAGCAAAUGGAGACUGUGGACUUGUAUUUUCUGACACCACCUCUGUGAAGGUUUAUCAAGUCAUGUACUUGCUCCUCUCUGAUGUAUUUCCAGGGGUGGUCAUGGUGAAAUGCUGCAUCUCCAUCUCUGUUCACCUGGCCAUCCAUCUCCAGCACAUGAAAGCUAGCACCAAUGGAACCCACCCUCCAAAGCUGGGCACUCAGAUAAGGGUCAUCGAGAUGGCCCUUGGUCUAGUGGCCAACUUCCUCGUCCUGCUCGUGGUCGACCUGUAUGUCAACUACAAAAUUGUGGCACACCAAGAGAGCACCCUCUCUCUCACAAUGUUUUUCACAUCGCUCUACACGACCGUUGCUGCCGUGGUGCUCAUCUACGGCAAGAGGACUCUUUGGAAAACGCUGAUACAUGAUUUUAACUUCUGGCUGAGUGAAUAA